CCAUGGCUACCGCACUGAGACAAGUGACAUUAUCUCCACCUCAACCCGACAAGUUAUCUUCGACAGAGCUACUAACCUUCGAACAAUUCGAUCUCCCAUCAAGCAACCAGCGUGUCCUCGGACCGCCUCACCCAGAUGGCACCACAAUCCCGCUCGCGCUUCGGCUUGCAAGUGGAGACAACACCGCCGACCUCGAUGCCGUGAUUGAGACAGUAAAGUCUCUCCAGGCCCAGGGCGGCAUUUUAACCAAGAAAUUGGCUGUCCAUGGAACACUCCUUUUUCGCGGGUUGCCAAUUCACGACGCAAAUGAGUUCAGUAGAUUUGUCCAUGCUUUUGGGUAUAAACCACACGAGAUCAUCGGCAUCGUCGUCGACCGCCCCCUCCUCGCGCCCAACGUCGCCCCCGCCAACGAAUCGCCCAAGCACUUCCUCAUCUACAACCACAACGAGUCGCCCCAAGUGCCCCACGCGCCCGAGUACAUCUUCUUCUACGGCCACAAAGCCCCUCCCCCAAAACAUGGCGGCGAAACCCCCAUGUCAUCAUCCCUCGAGCUCUUCCACCGCGCACAGCAAGAACUCCCGGACUUCAUCGCCGAGCUCGCGGCAAAGGGCAUCCUGAGCCGCGUCACGUACCGCUCGGGGCGGCAGUACGUCGGCGGCUCGACGCUGACGCAGGCGUUUGGGAAGGAGAUCCGCGCGGGCGACGACGCGGCGGCGCGGCGCGCGAAGAUCGAGGCGCAGAUCGCGCGGUACGGGAGGGGGCCGCACACGACCUGGGAGUGGCUACCCACCAGCAACGACGGCAACAGCGAGGAAGGUGACGAAGGCGUCGUGGUCACGCACAGGCUCCCCGCCAUCCGCACGCAGCAAGACACGGGUCUGCCGACGCUGUUCACGGGGCUGGCGGCGUACUACCGGAACAUGCGCGCCAAUGUCGGACCCGCGGGUGCGGGGAGGAGCGCGACGCUGCAGCAGCUGUAUGGCGAUGGAACGGUGAUCCCCGAGAGGUAUCUCGCGCGGCUGGCGGAGAUCACGGAUGAGAUACGCGUGCUGCAUUCCUGGCAGCGCGGGGACGUGCUAGUUUAUGAUAAUGUGAUCGCGCAGCAUGGGCGCGAGCCGUGGGAGGGCGAGCAGAGUGAUCGUGUGAUCUUGGCUAGUUUGUUCGAUGGCGAGCAGGUUCCUGGCGCGUAUGGGGUGGAGGACUGGGCGCAGGUUGUGCAGGCGCUUGAUGGGUAGGUACCUAGGCAGGUAGGCAGGUAGGUGUUUUGGCUUAUGGGAUGAUUAAUGCAUGAUGACUGCGUGAGGUGUUACUCGGUAUAUACGUCUACCCGAAAUGCUUAGGUAUUUGUAGGUAAAUCUCGAAAGUUGUGAAAUUUGACAUGUUUUUGGAAUUUAUAUAUGACACCCCCUAUUUCAGGAGCGAAAAUUACACAAUGAGUGCACC